CCAAAACAUAACAUUGGAGUUUUUGUAGGCUACCAGCAGCAGGCAAGGUAAACAAAGAGCCUGUGAAUAUGGAUGGUUGUGUGGUCCGUCUCCACACAGUGAAAUUCAAGCCCAAAAUAGAUGGCAGCAGAGGUGACUUUACUGCACAGCCCAUCAAAGUUCACUUCUACGAGCUGCUGGGAAUCAGUGAUGCCAAUGAGCUCGUUCCACAGGUAGAAAAUAAGGAUAUCCUGAGUUCAGUGGUUGCUCUGUUUGAUGUGUCUCUCCCUGAUGUUGGCCCUCGAGAUGUCCAUGACACGGUACACAGCCAUGGAACGCACACUAUUAUCCUGCUCAGGCAACCCUCAGAUGUUUUAGAAGAGUACAGUAGCAGACCACUGCCCAGUCCUCGACGGGAACCGGUGAGGUCCCUUGUCCCUGCAGUGGUAAAUGGGGAUAGAGAAUCAGAGGGACGAUACCUCCAAGUGUUCAGCGAAUCAGAAGACAGUUCAGAUGACAGCUCUGAUGAGCAUGAAGAUGGCGAGGGCACAGAGCCCAGGUCUGCGUGGGAGACCUUCUGUAUGGGGCUGGAGGAGUUCCUGGCCAGGGCACGGGAGCGGAGGGCACAGAGAGAGACUCUAGUAGAAGACCAGCCACUCCUGCCCACAGCUGUGGGAGCGGAGUCACUCAUCAUAGGGGCUGCAGCGUACGAGUUAAAGACAUUGUCAACAGGAGAGAAGGUGCUACAGUUAUCUCUGAUGGCUACCAGGAAGCGCUAUCGGAACUGUGGAGUGGGUCGCUACAUCAUAGAGCUGCUGAAGACCCAAUCAGUGUGUGGGGCCUAUGAUGCAUUCCUCGCUCACGCUGACACUCACGCGGUGAACUUCUUCUCACGCUGUGGCCUCACUGAUGACGCCCUGCUCAACGACAAGUUCAGAGAAGUGAGGGAUGAGUGGACCAACACCACCCUAAUGAGUUAUCUACCUCCCUUCACCACAGAGUCAGAGAGCCGUAACCCUGGGUUUUCCUUGAUGCUGCCGGAGCUCAAGCUGGAGGUGGAGAUGGCGAGGACAAAGGCCCUGGCAGCCUAUCAGCAGCAGGCCGUGUGUGUGACAAGGCUAGUCAGAGAGGUCAAGACACUCAGAGAACAGCUGGAGUUACAGAGGAGAGAUGUGGACAACCUGAACAAUGAACUGGACAAGGAGAGAGAGCGACGGCACAGAGUAGAGCAGCAGUUCUUGGAGUACAAACUAAGGAAGACACGACAGCUCCUAGAGAGGCAGGUGAUUUACGACUCAGAUGAUCCCAACCAGAAUGACCCGGAAUCUCCCAGUGAACCCAUCAUCUCCCCUGCCAGUCCUUUGGACCUGUCGCUAGAUGCAGAGAUGUAGGAGAGAGGCUGAAAAUGAAAUCAAGCUGAAAAAGAUUCCGGGAACAAGAGCACUAUUAUGGAUACAACAAGACUACACUGAGAGAACAUAUCAUCUGUGUGUGUGUGUUACAUGUCUACCUUAG